AUGGCUACAAGACCAAUCGUGCCAGCUGGAUUGGCCAGUUGCUGUACAGUCAUCUCGGUGAUGGGUGUACUGAUAUUGAGCGUGAUGGGAUAUGGAUUCACACAUAAUUGGGAAGCAUUGAUGGGAUCUACAGAAGACCCAAAAGAUGGAGGAGCAGUAGGAUCUACACUAUACGUUGCAGCACUCGUUUACGCUGGCUUUAUCCUACUUUGUGGAUGUCAAUUGGCCGCACAUAGAAGGUAUUCCAGGAUUCGUAUAUGA